AUGUCAAUCAAGAUACCGAGAAACCAUGAAUCUCUAUUCCUUGGAACCUACGUCUAUAUCACCUUGGUACUAGGUCAUAGACUUGUCCUAACCAGGGAAAAUAAACAGACUAGAUGGUUUUCCCCAAACAAGAGUGGGAGGGCCCCCAACCUAACCCAGAGUGUGGCCCGCAUUCCGUUCCUUCGGGGCUUCUUGGAAGCUCCAUGUCGGUAUAAUCUCCCGAGAUACCCUUACCUCUCAGAUAUAAGUUCCCACCUUCUCAUCAGGUAUCGUGGGGCCCUUUUUUUUCUCGCUCGCACAGGGAUAAACGUGGGACAGAAAUUCCGUCUUGGCAAGAUUAUAUGGGUAAGUCAAGAAGGAGGUUUCCAGGAAUUCCAAAAUUAA